CCCUGACGAUGGAAGAAGCACACUAAGGCGCAGCAGCGCAACACACACACACAGAUGGUCAGUGUCGGUGUUGGUGCAGGUAACCUGUUCACCAUGAGCCACCGGUACCGUGCGCGCUGCCUCUCCAUCGCCCUGCUGCUGUUUCUGCUCCCAGCUCACGGUCCGAGAUGCACAGCGGAGCUCGCGGUGGCGGCGGAAUACUCCUCCAAAACCGACUUGGACUACGAGUUUGGGGACUACCGGGGAAAGUGGUGCAUCGACGACCACGGAUUUGUUUACGGAAUCGGAGAGGUUUAUUACCCGAGCCCCACGGCGUGUCCGUGCACGUGCACCGUGGACGGUCCAGUGUGCGUCCGACCCAAGUGUCCACGCAUCCACCCCCGGUGCACGCGGAUCAGAUACAGGGCAUGUUGUCCGGUGUGCGAGGCUGUGGCCAGGGUCUGUGUCUACGGGGGCAAAACGUACCGGCUCCUGGAGGAGUUCAGGCUGUCAAGGUGUGAGCGAUGUCGCUGCGAGGCCAAUAGAGAGGUGUACUGCAGCAUUUCGGACUGCCCUGCCCCUCACUGCGUCAACCCCACCUAUGAACCCAACCACUGCUGCCCCAUCUGUAAGACUGAUCUCUACAGAAAUACAUUCCAUUACAUCAUCAUUUGUGGUUGGCAUGUUCUCUACCACCUUAUGGAAGGCCGUCACCUGAUGCUCAAGGGACUCCAAGUCAGACUCGGUCCAAACUGCUUUGCUGGGAACAGGGUGAUUCCAGCAGGGGAGCGUGUCAACAUUGACGAGCAGACAGUAUGCUACUGCACCUACCGGGAUGGGACGUGGCACACCCAUCCCCAGGCCACCUGUGAACGGCGCCCCCAGCCCAGCCCAACACCCAGCACCCACAUCAAGCCCCCCGAUGACAAGGAUUUUAGCGGGAAAGCAGGGAGGCCGUUUAUUCCCAGACUAGAUGUGAUACCAUGAAGUGGAGUGUAAAAUACCAAUUUCAUAGAGACAAAGCCAGUCAGCUCGUACAAAUAAACUACUAACUAAAAGUUGUAUGUAUUAGUAUCAGAAUAUCUAAAUUUAUAUAUAUAAUUGCCUGAAGAAAUGUGGGAUAAUCUGCAGGGUUGUUGGUGUUGGAGGUGAAAUUAGCAACAUCCUAAAAAAAAAAGACUUUUUUUUCCAUUUUCAUAUUCGCGCAAUUUCCAUUUUAAUUCACUUAUUCAAUUGUCCCAUAUUUAAAUACAGUGGCAGAUUUACCAACAGUAUUCUGAGUCAUUUUUUUAAACAAUUGCUCUUUGAUUUCAGUAGAUAAAAGUAGGCUUCUCAUUUCCAUCAAUUUUGCCACCAUAGACCUUUUUUAAGGCAGACAUUUUGGCAUGUCAUAGUAGGAAAAUCACUGGUGUAAUUUUAAAAUGAAAUUUUGUUCAUAGCUUUAGUUAGUAUUGUUGAGUUGAGUUGAUUGAUGUCUAAUUGCGGGGCUAAUAUGAAAGUCUUUCUGACACUACCGAUAUAGUUCCAAUGGCUCCUUGUUUAAGUAUGCUGAUGAUAUGGCCAUAGUUGGUGUUUUACAGAAAACACAUUCAAUCAAUCAAUUUCAAGCAAUCAGUUUUAUUUAUAAAGCCCAAUAUCACAAAUCACAAUUUGACUCAGAGGGCUUUACAGCAUACAACAUCCUUCUAUCCUUUGGACCCUCACAGCGGAUAAGGAAAAACUCCCCAAAAAAACCCAUCAGGUGAAGCUGCCUAUCUGGCCCACACUAAGGCCCUUCAAGCAUGGUGUCGCACAAGGUAGAAAUUAAUGUAGCCAAGAUUAAAGUAUUAAUUAUUUGCAUAAAUCAAGAUCUGAACACAGAGGCAGUAUGUCUUGAUGGCCAACAUGUUGAAACUGUAGAAAACUUUAAAUACCUUGGUACACUUCAGGUGAGCUUCUCUGGAAAUACUGAGUGUAGUUUAAAGAAAUGCUCACAGCAACUUCUAAGGAACCUUAGUGGCCUCGGUGUUAGACAGCAUAUUUCAGAACUAGUGUACAAAACUAAGAUUGAGUGUUUCAACUUUUUACCUUUCUGUCUAGUAUGGUCACCAGAACUGCACAUCUAAGAAUAAACUCUUUAGGGUUGUGUCAAUGGCAGGCAAAAUAGCUGCCUAGCCACAAAAGCCCUUGACACAAACAAGAGGAUUAAAGUAGGUAGUAUCUUAGCAGUUAGCUCUCAUCCUCUCUUCAGCCAGUUUAAGCUCGAGAGCUCCAGGAGUUGCUAUAGAGUCCCUCCGGCAACUAAAAAUGUAGUCAAGACGUCCUUUAUCUCAAAUGGCAUCAACAUUCUUCAGUCAGCAAGUGACUGAUGAAUUUUAAACCACAGACAGACACUGACAUGAACUCAUUUAAUGUGUAAAGUAAUGUCCUUGUCUAUAUGUCUGUUUUACUUAUUGCUUGCCUUUUUCUUUCUUAAGUUUCUCUCCUGAGUCUGGUGGGCUGAGGACAGAAUUUCCACCUUGAUGUAUGAUGAAGAUGUAUUCUAUUCUAUUAUAUGAAAAAAAAAGUUUCAAGUAAUUUAAGUUACCGUUAAGUUUGCCCCAAUUUGCAGUUGGACAUUGACACACCCACAAAACCUAUAACAAGAGCUCUUGUGCUGCAUGUAAAUUAUUAAAUACUUCUCAGUCUAUUAUGAACAUAUUUACAGCCAGCAGAUGUGUCAAAAUGUGACUUUUUUCACAGGCUGUGUCAAAUUAUGGACAUAGCUUCCAUGAUGUCACACACUUGUUUGUGGACUCCUGUUUGAAGCAUUGAUUUUAGCAUCUUGGCCAUCACCAUCUUUAGCUGGAAUCAACCAUAUCUGGAUGAGGAAGUGGAGGUGUGGAGGAGUGAGGAGUGAAUCUGACUGAGAACUGCUGGGAACAAGAGGUGAGGCCCCACAGACAGCCUUUCAUUCAAAACUACCACACCCUUAAUUAUGCCUAACUGUAAGCCUGAAUAAAAUGUUUUAAAAAUGCCUAUCAAAGUUAUGUCCUCAGUUUCUGUCAACUCCAUCAUAUUUUUUCAUAAUUCUAACUAAAUCAGGCAAUAGCAUGGUUAGCAAAAUCCUUGAGGACACCUUUUAAUCUUCCUGACUGUGCUGAAUGCAGCACUACCAAAUAUGCUCUGUUAAGUUUUACAGUUUUUUAAGUUUUUUUUAAUAUUUUAGAAAAAUGUUGAUAUUCCUACGGUCACAGCUGGAACAUGUCAACACUGUCUCUCCAUUAUGAUGAUUUUUUUUUAAAACAGUAGUGAAUCGAAUUUAGACAUGUUAGCGAGGUUACUGAGACAGCUAGCAAGCAAGGAAAACCCAGGUAGCUGCAGUGUACAACUCCUGUUUUGGCGGGAAAAUACAUUCCCUUUUGCCAACUCUGUGACGGAGUUGACGGAGUUGACAAAUCCACCUAUAACCUCUAAAUGUGUGAAUAUAAUAUUAUCUGUGAACAGGGCUGUUUCAAGACCAGCCACCCUCCUCCCCUGACAAGUAAAGAACAGUCCCUUCAUAAGUAAAGAACAGUCCCUAAAGUGCGGUGAGGUUUGUGGACCGUUACCUGCCACAAAGAGAGAAAGCUGGAAAGCUGAAAUGUGAAAGGCUCGUUUCUCCUCUGACACAUCACAUACCUGUGUGCUGCCACAGCUCAGCUGUUCAGGUAUUUCUGGGCAGUCAUGAAAGCAGCAUAUUGAGUGCCAGGUUGCCAGCGCGCGACGUUGUUGGACGGCGCAUGGACACUCACCCUCUUGAGAUUGGACUUUGAACUUAUCUCACAGUAGUGGUACCGUGAGGUACCAUAGUACUACGAUACUCCAACAAUGCCAGUGCAGGUGGCAACCAAUCAUGCGGGACAUGGUCUCAAUAUGCGUGACGCGUGAAAAGAGAAAGAAAUGCUGUGCAAUCCCGCACAAUGCGGGGUGUCUGGUCACUCUACUUAGCCACUUGCAAGCAGCAGCUAGUAGGGGGCCCCAUUAGGGGGGAUUCCAACGUGUUGUCGUUGUUGCAGUGUCUAUAGGGGUUCCAUCAUAUUGUCAUUGAUGCAGACCAAUGUCAGCCGUCUCUGGGGGCCCCCUUCCAGCUCGGGGCCCCAGGCAAUUGCCUAGUUUGCCUGUCCGGUUGCGACGGCCCUGUCUGUGAACAUAAUAAAGGUUUA